AUGGGUCCAACGGACGAUGCAAAGAAGGAGGUGGUGAGUCAACUCGGUGAGCUGAUAAAAGACAUUUCUGGGUUACCCGAGUGCCGAAAUGUCUCGAAGGAACUGUACAGUGAUUUGGUUCGGAGAGUGAAGCUACUGAGGCCUCUGUUUGAGGAAUUGGAAGACAGAGAUGAAGAGCUCAGUGACGACGUCGUUUUAGGGCUUGAAGCUUUGAAGAUUGCUUUCAUUAGGGCCAUAGAGCUUCUUCGAUCGGUCAACGAAGGCAGCAAAAAUUUUCAGGCUCUGCAAAUGGACAAAAUUGCAGUAAAGUUCCGUCAACUGACAGAACAUAUUGAAGAAGCUCUGACCCAGAUUCCUUGUGAUAAACUCAAUAUCUCAGAGGAAGUGCGAGAACAGAUUGAACUUGUGCAUGUACAAUUUAAAAGAGCAAUGGGCAGGAUGCACUCACCUGAUUUGCAACUGGAAAUGGAUUUAGCUAUGGCACAAAAGGAAAAAGACCCUGACCUUUCCAUUCUGAAAAGGCUUUCGAAAAAGUUGCAUCUCAGGACUAUAAACGAUUUAAAGAGGGAGUCAAUUGCUAUCCACGAUAUGGUUAUAUCUAGUGAUGGAGUUCAAGAUCACUGCUUUGAGACCAUGUCAUUAAUCCUUAGGAAGCUAAAGGACUGUGUAGUGAUGGGAAACCCCAACUUUGAUGCCUCCGAGGAUGAAAAGGCCUUGAUUAAGCACAGGUCUCCGGUUAUCCCUGAUGAUUUUCGGUGUCCAAUAUCCCUUGAAUUGAUGAAAGAUCCUGUUAUUGUUUCUACUGGACAGACAUAUGAAAGGUCCUGCAUUCAGAAAUGGCUGGACGCAGGGCACAAGACUUGUCCCAAGACUCAGCAGACUCUUUUGCAUACAGCCUUAACACCUAACUACGUCUUGAAGAGUCUUAUUGCUUUGUGGUGUGAGAGUAAUGGUGUUGAGCUGCCAAAGAAACAAAACAAUUGUAGUAAUAGCAGAUCAGGAGCUGGUGGUUCAGACUGUGAUCGAGCUGCUAUUGAUGCCUUGUUACAAAAACUUGCAAAUGGUAAUUCAGAACAGCAAAGAGCAGCUGCCGGUGAGCUCCGUUUACUGGCAAAGAGAAAUGCGGAUAAUAGAGUCUGUAUUGCAGAGGCAGGAGCCAUUCCUCUGCUUGUAGAACUACUAUCAUCUACUGAUUCUCGGACCCAGGAGCACGCUGUUACGGCGCUUCUCAACCUUUCCAUACACGAGGCAAACAAGGGAAGUAUUGUAAAUGCAGGAGCUAUACCUGAUAUCGUAGAUGUGUUGAAAAAUGGCAGCAUGGAAGCAAGAGAGAAUGCUGCUGCAACCCUUUUUAGUUUAUCAGUGUUUGAUGAAAACAAGGUGGCAAUCGGAGCAGCAGGGGCUAUCCCAGCUCUUAUCAAUUUGCUCUGCCAGGGCACUCCAAGGGGAAAGAAGGAUGCAGCUACUGCAAUUUUUAAUCUCUCAAUAUAUCAGGGAAACAAGGUGAGAGCAUUAAAGGCGGGGAUCGUGGCACCACUGAUGGGAUUGCUGAAGGAUGCUGGUGGUGGAAUGAUGGAUGAGGCAUUAGCAAUACUGGCUAUACUUGCAAGCCAUCAAGAAGGUAAAGCAGCGAUUGGUCAGGCUGAGCCAAUGCCAGUACUGGUAGAGGUUAUAAGAACCGGUUCACCACGCAACCGGGAGAAUGCUGCCGCUCUAUUGUGGUCACUGUGUACAGGUGAUGUACAAUGUUUAAGAAUAGCUAAGGAGCUUGGGGCAGAAGAGGUAUUGAAGGAACUGUCGGAGAAUGGCACUGAUCGGGCCAAGAGAAAAGCAGCAAGCGUUUUAGAACUUCUCCAACAAGUUGAAGCAGUCUGUGUUUCAUGA